GGGAAAUAAAACCAAUUGCUGGCGGGAAAAUACCGACACGCCGACCAUCCGAGCUCGCCCCUCGUCAUAACCUCAAUCUUUCUGAACGCUUGAUAACCUUUGCCGUGUAAAUCUCAGCCAGCAACAUCCGCAAAUGCAUGGGCUUCGCUCGUUGUUUCGCCAUCGCGGGCCUUGUAGCCUGACGCGCAACACUUUCUCAUCACCCAAACGCCAGUCACUCGCUCAUGCCGCCCCUCUAGCGGUUCCGGGAAAGCAACCGCUUUUGGACUUCCUUGCCCCGUCUUGGAGGCCAACAGCUUCGUACUCACAUCUGGCCGUCAGGAGACGAGUUCCUAGCCUGGAACGCCGCCAGUGCUUUUCUUCGUCGUCUUCACGCCGUGCAGUGGUCGUCAAUCCUCGCAAGGACGAAGAUGGCAAUGACAUGAUCGUUGGCAUCAAGCCGCGCGCCUCUCAUCGCCUCGCGGAAAUCAUGCAGUCCGAUAAAAAUCCCUCGCUUCUUCUUCGAAUCACUGUGGAGAGCGGUGGGUGUCAUGGUUUUCAAUACCUUAUGUCUCUGACGAAUAUGUCGGAGAUUUCGAAUGAGGAGGAUACUGUAUUUGAAGCAGACGACGGGACGGGCGCCAAGAUAGUCAUGGACGAACCUAGUCUGGAGCUGUUGAAGGGAAGUCAGGUGGAUUACACCAUGGAGUUGAUCGGCAGUCAGUUUAAGAUUGUGGAUAACCCGCUGGCCACCAGCAGCUGUGGGUGCGGCACGAGCUUUGAUAUCAAGGAAUGAUGUGCACAAGGCCACUGGGGUAUUAUGAUGCCUCGAUGUUGGUCAUUGCAAAUUAUUGCAAUGCAGCUAAACGGAGCAUUGGACAUUUUACAUUGCGUGGCGUCGGGAAAGAUUUGGAAUACUGUUUGCACUUUUUUUUAUUGACUCUUUCAAUUCUGCACGCGGCAUGGAUAUUAGCACAUUACAGCGUAUUUUGUGGUAGACACCAGCGGGAGAAUCUCCCCCG